GUUGUGAGAAAAAUAGCUAGAAUUUCGAUUAAAUUUGAAGCAAAAGAGCCUGGGCAUGCAAGAUUGGAGGAGAGAAACCAGCAUAGCUGGCUGCUGGGUGAAGCUGGGAGCGCAAGCAUUUCCCAUCUUCAUGCAUGCAGAUUGCAGAAAGACGAGGGAGGCUCCAUUUAGGUAUGCAUCGCCUUUUUCACACCACCUCUGGCACAUCGCAUUUCUGCAGCCACUUCCCUGAGAAGUCCUUGGUACUCUUAGAGGUCAAUUGAAGCAGGUCACUGAAAUUGGGAAACUGAUUAUUUGGCAGAGUGAGACGUCUUCAAAGUAUCUUUGCAGCUGCUUCGAAGCUGCAGCAUGCAAAGCAUGUCUCCGCAUCUUGCUCUGCGGAGGCUCGCCUUCCACCUCCUCCCCCCAGGUGCUAGCAGGGGCCAUUUCACUUGCUGCAGCUUCGGGGAGUCAGCGGGCCGUGCCCUACAGCACGCGCAACAGGAAGCUGCGCCAGUUGAUGUCAAACUGAAUCAACCUACGGCUGCAGUUAACCCCGAAGGCAACCAGCAUGCUAAAGAAGGGCAGAUUGAAGAUAUACUCAGCCAAAUGUCAGGAAGUAGACCUACACUCAGGGACAUUCAACUGAGCAGCACAACAAACCGAUCAGAAAACAGUACUCCUACCAGCUCCACACUUGGCAGCACCUCUGCAGUCCAGCUUGGAUUCUCCGCUAGGUUGCCGGAUGCAAUGCAGACUGUCCGAACUUUCUCAACGGAGGGGGCCUCCAAGUACGUUGUGGGAAACGGAUCCAUGACAAUGAAGGGCGUCAUUCUCCCGGGGCCAAAUGAGAAAAUGUACGUGGAGCAAUUCAACAUUCCGAAGCCGCAGGUUGGCGAAGUGCUCAUCAAGACAAAAGCUUGUGGCGUUUGUCACACUGACCUCCAUGUGAUCAAGGGCGAGCAGAAGUUCCCCACUCCGGCUGUUCUCGGCCACGAAGUCUCAGGGACGGUCCUGGAACACGGGCCUGGCACAGAUCCUGCCACAAUCAAGAGGUUGCCGGUCGGAGCUCGAGUGGUGGGGGCGUUCAUCAUGCCUUGCGGCGGCUGCUUCUUCUGCACACGGGGCCAAGAGGAGAUCUGUGAGACGUUCUUUGAGUUCAACCGCUUCAAAGGCACGCUCUAUGACGGGACGACGAGGCUAUACACAGCCAAAGGAGGUACUCCGAUCAGCCAGUACAGCAUGAGCGGCCUUGCCGAGUACUGCGUCAUGCCCGCGUCAGCACUCGCCGUCCUGCCGGAAAAGCUGCCGUUCGCGGAGUCGGCAAUCAUGGGCUGCGCGAUCUUCACCGCUUACGGGGCACUGCGCAACGGGGCGGAUUUGAGGGCGGGGGAAACAGUCGCGGUGGUGGGCGUGGGGGGCGUUGGGGGAGGCGUCGUGCAACUGGCGAAGGCGUUUGGGGCCAAGACUGUGAUCGCGGUCGACAUCAGCGACGAGAAGCUGCGGUCGGCGAAGAAGCUGGGGGCGACGCACGUAGUCAACGGCGCCAAGGAGAACGUCGCCGAGAAAGUCCGGGAGUACACCGCCGGGCGGGGCGUCGACGUGGCAGUCGAGGCGCUGGGCAAGGCCGUAACUUUCGGCCAGGCGCUGGCCGCGGUCCGAGACGGCGGCCGCGCGGUAAUGGUUGGCAUUGCGCCGACGGGCGCCAUGGCAGAGGUCGAGAUCACGCGGAUCGUCCGAAAAGAGAUUCGCAUCAUCGGUUCGUACGGAGCUCGUACGCGGCAUGAUCUGCCUGACGUCAUCGACCUUGCGGCGAUGGGCAAGUUUGACGUUGCUGCCCCGGUGUCAAGGCGAUACACUCUGGACACCGCGGCAGAUGCAUACGCUGCUCUUGAUAGAGGAGAGAUCGAUGGCCGAGCAAUUGUGUUGAUGGACUGAGGCUAAUACAAAACAUGUAUAGAAUGGGUAGAGCUUUAAUGAACAAAGUUUUACUGUACAUGAGGGACGAGAAGGCUAGCCACCUUGACGGAGAGUUCACUGUCAAAGACAAAAGAGAGGCUAGAGAUGGUCCUGGAUCUGACCUUGACGAUCAAGUGUAAUAUACAUGCGCGCACGACGUUUCCCUAUCGGGCGAGGGUCUUGACUACAGAGUUCAAGGUCUUGCUUCCGAUCUUCUCCGAUGUUCCCAC